AUUUUCAAAAGCUAUAUCAUCAGAAAAUUAAUUUUGCAAAACAAUGGAAUGACCGAUAUUGAUCCCAAAGCUUUCGACGGUAACGUAGAUUCAUUGGAAGAAGUGCAAAUACGAGAAAACAAGCUUAAAAGAAUCCCAGAAAAUGGCUUUUCCAGCUUAUGUAAUCUGCUUACUGUGAUCAUCACAAACGAUGAGAUUGACCAAAUUGACGAUUAUACAUUCAGCAGUUGGUGCAGUAAAGAAACACUGCAAAAACUGGAUCUGAGUGCUAAUAAACUAACAACAGUUCCCCAGUAUGGAUUCGCUGGUCUUCAGUCAUUGAAGCAACUUUCGUUGGAUAAAAAUCUAUUUAGCAAUAUACCCGUCGAAGCGGUCAAACAACUCUCUUCGUUAGAAGAGCUAUCGAUGAGCGUCAACAAGAUUUCAACAGUGCCACCCAGAUCACUGCCUCUAUCCAACUUGAAAUCGUUAAGCUUUGAAGCGAAUCAGAUUUCUUUCAUCAGUGGCGACACAUUCCUGGAAACUCCAAAGCUUAUGCACCUGUAUUUAGGUGGAAAUCAAUUCCGUACAAUCGAUCCAAAAAUGUUUCAACAUAUUACUCACUUAAAGGUUUUGACAAUGGGAAACAAUCGAAAUAUACAGGCACUUUAUGCAGACACAUUCAGUUACGCUCAAUCAUUGAUAAGACUAGAGUUAGCUGAUUGUCUGAUAACUCAUAUUGAAAGUGGAAGCCUACAAAAAUUAUCAAAACUUCAAGUUAUCGUACUCAGAAACAACCAGCUAAAGCACAUUGAUGGAACAACAUUUUCUUCAUUGCAAAAAUUGGUCUCAGUUGACAUCAGAGAUAAUAAGAUAGAAUCACUAGAUGAUUUCACGUUCAGCAAACUACCGUCGCUAAUGCACUUGGAUAUCAGCGGGAACAGGCUGCAGAGUUUACCAAAAAAUAUUUUCUACGAUACAUUUCGGUCAACGAAUCCGGUGAGACUGCUGUGUAUUGCAGACAAUCCAUGGGCAUGUAACGAAGAUUUGCAAUGGUUCCGCGAAUGGUUACGUCACAAUAACGAUGUACUUAUAUCGGCUCCUGGCAAGAAACCAGCAAGUUGCCGUUCACCGCCACAUCUAAACGGUCUCGAUAUGCGCUUAACCGAACCGAUCACAGAAACAACUAUACCGACGACUCAGAAGGCACUGAAGAAAACUGAUGAAUUAGCCAAAACAACCGUUGCAACCAAGGACGACUACAGACAGUCGCAAAUGUAUGAAAAAAAUAACAUCUCACGAUUCCAUAAAUGGAACAAGACAACAAAUCCCGUAGCAGAAUUUCAACCUCAGAUGAUCAACUUUCCAACGGCCUCUGAAACAGAGACAUCUCAUGCCGCUGUAUUGGUGCUUGUCCUUGGUACAAAAAACUACUUUCCUCUCCUUUUAAAAUACUUCACUUUCGGUCUACUUCAACAAUUUAACCACAUUAAUUGUAAAACUCAAAACUGCAUUCUGGAAAUUAAAUUUAGAAAAAAGUUCAGAAACAUUAAACCACAAACUCUUUAA